AUGCAGUCAGUCGGCUCGACUUCGGAAUUCCGGCGCGUCGUGCAGCGCGCGAUUUCCGUGAAACGGCACGAAUUGGCAUCUCAUCCAGCGAUCAAUGAAGCCCUGAAAGACUCAUCGCUCCAGACAUCAGCCUUCGCAUCGAAAUCUGUGCAGCAUGGGCUGAACCACGUUUAUCGCGAUGUCGAGAAGGAGGCCGAGAACUUUCGAAAGGCCGUGGAAGAAUAUGACCUCUCCGAGGCACCAGAACACCUUCGAAACAGCAUCAUCAGCAAAGCGGCCCAUACUCCAGAGGAAGCCUUAAACGCCGCGAAGGCCGUUGCAGAUUCACACUACGAAGUAAAAGGCUUCUCGGAUUCCAUCGUACGCAAGCUGAACCGCAUGUUUACGGACAAUAUCAAAACAAUUUCAACGUGGGCAGAAGUACUUCCCAGUCAGAACGAAUACUGCUCCAUUCUCUGUGCUGCACUGAAGCUGAUCUUUGGCGCUGCUGCACGGCUGAAGCAAAUCAGAGAGGAAAUCUGCGAUGCUAUAGCCGGGAUUCCAGAGAUACUGGAUUCAACAAGUAAUGUAUUGGGCAUGUUCGAGUUUCACAAAUUGCAACCCGGCAGCAAAUUGCACGAGCACAAUGCCGCGAUCAUGGCCGGCAUCAUCGCCCUCUUGCACCGCAUCGUAUACGAAUUGACCAAACAGAAGCCGUUCCGGAAGAGAAAAGUCGCCUGCCUCCUCAAACAAGAUAGACAGCUGAGCAGUACAAGCUGGUCGCAAAUCAUCCAGACCAGAGAGGCGGCCCAAGAAACCCGAGAUAGCGUGUUGAUGAUACACGGGGCCACUAUCCAGCACCAGAAGGACAAUCGUAUCCUGCAGAUGCGAUCCGAGCAACACAUCAGUAUCGUUGGAGGACAGGUCGUCGAUCAGAUGGACAUUAUUCGUGCAGAGCAAGCGAAAGGGAUGUCUGACAUUAAGAGCAAGGUCGAGGAUGGAGUGUCCGAAUUCAAGAAGUUGCUUUUCGAGCAAGAAUUGCGACAUCAGCGGGAGCUUCAACUUCAGAAGGAGCUUAAUGAAACCAGAAUCAGAUUGGUUCUGCCAAGUCUACUCGAGUCGCAUCAGCGCAUCGAUAUGCGGACGGGUAGGAUCAAUGAGUUCGAGGAUGAGGCAGCAAGGCUGAGAUUGGGCCGACAGUCCCACGCAGCCACAGAGUACCACGCAAACAAGUUAGACCAAGCCAUCGAAGUUCUCAACUUCGACCGCGCUAGGGUGGAGAGUGAUAUCCAGGGACUGCUCAACGAUGCAUUUGACCUCGAAACACAUGUGCAAGAUCGCGCUGUGGCUCUCAUGACGGACUGGAAGCUGUUACAAUGGCUGGACACCGCGGACUCCUCCACGCUAUUCGUCAAUGCCAAUUGCGAUCCCGAGGAGAGUCCAACAUCAUACUGUUGCGCCAAAUUGACCGAUGCAAUACAAUCCGCGUGCGGGGACAUCAAAACGGACAUCAGCGACAUGUAUUGUCUUUCCUUCUUCUGUGGUAAACACACACGUUAUCGGGAAUUGAACGCUGGACCGUGCGGGUUGAUGCGAAGUUUCAUUGCGCAGCUUCUGCUUACACACAGAGAAUACACUUUGWCAACCUUGCGAGAGGUUGAAGCGGUUGAUGCAGAUGACAUCGAGUCUCUUUGGUAUGUGUUCCAACAUCUGGUGGAGAAUCUAGGACCCAAGAUCAUACUCUUCCUCAUCAUCGAUGACCUCUUCGCGUUCGAAAGCAGAAAGAUCUUUGCAGAAGAUACGGUCCACCUGCUUGGUUUCAUGACAGGUCUCGUAGAAGGGUCACCCGACGCGGUCUUGAAACUAUGGAUCUCCAGCAACACAGGGAGUCGUAACCUUCGCCAGCUCCUCGACUGCUCCAAUAUACUGGUGCUUCCGGAAAACAUCCCAACCUCCGGAGGUUUCAUGCAAUUGAAGGAUGAGUUGCAGAAAUUGCGCAUAUCGCAAACGGAUCAUCUUAAUGAGUAUGACAGCAUGUGA